CUCCCCCAAAAACACACACCAAAACAGGGAAAGAGAGAAUUUGCUAAGGGGGAAAAAAAUAGAAUUUUUGCUCUCAUUCAAUAAUUCUCAGAGUGAGUUAUAGUGGAACUCUUCUUUGUCAUGAUAAAAAAGAAUGAGUCCACUUAAACCAGCUUCUGAUGAGACUUCUUUGACUCUGGGCCCUUUUGGAAGAAAGAAUUCCAAGCGCCGGAGUGAUGCAUCAAAACAUGUGGCUGAGACUCUUAACAAGUGGAAAGAGUACUUUGAUAAAAUUGAAUCUAUCAAUGGUAAGCUGGUGCGUAAAGCUCCAGGGAGAGGAUCAAAAAAGGGAUGUAUGAAAGGUAAAGGAGGUCCUGAGAACUCUCGUCAUAAUUAUAGAGGUGUCAGGCAGAGGACAUGGGGUAAAUGGGUUGCUGAAAUACGGGAACCCAAAAAGGGUAGUAGACUUUGGUUGGGUACAUUUGGUACUGCAAUUGAAGCUGCCCUGGCAUAUGAUAAAGCCGCAAGAGUAAUGUAUGGUCCUUCUGCACAGCUCAACCUCCCAAACUAUAACGUAGUAAAAGAGGCUUCUACUGAACCUUCUUUGGAGUUGACAAUGUCGAUACCAGAGUCCACUCUAACCACUUCCCAUGCAGAGUUUGCCAAGGCUGAGGAUUCGAAAGUGACGUCUGAAACAAGUUAUCAUAGUGCAAGCGUUCCCAGCAAAGCUGGCAAGGAAGAAAUGGUGACAAGCUUUCCAGAGCAUGGUGAGAAAGGGAGUUCUAGUCCUCUGCUUUCCUCUGUUGAAAGUCAAGUCGUGCAUGAGAAUAGUAAGUCAAGUUGCAAUGAUGAAGCAUCUCAGCAUGUGAUAGAUUCUCCAACAGAAAGGAAAGAGGUCACUGAUAAAAGUGGCCCAAUGGAUGAAGGUUGCAAGACUAUGUAUGAGGAGAAUUCUGAAAAUUCAACAAAAGAAUGCAUAAUCCCAAGGGGACUGGAGAAAUCAGAUAGCAACUAUGAAUGUGUCGAAGAGAUGCCAUUGGCUGAAUGGUUUGCUGAGAUUCGGAACAGAAAUAUGAGAGAUAGACUCCCUUUGGGAACAGUUGGCACUGCAAGGUCGAUAAAUGGUGCUUCUUCCUGGCUUAAACUUUCAAAUGAUUGCUCAAAAGUGUCUACGAGAGAAUCCUUCUUGGUUCCCACUGUCUUGGCUUCUAACUGCAAAACGACAUCUAAGUGCAAGAAUGAAAGUCCAGAGACUUGUCAGUGCCUCGACUUUGGAGAUGAAAAUGAUAGUUUUGAAGGUUUAGGGACUAAGCUUCAUCAUCCUGGUCCUCCAAAUGUUCUGUCUACAUCCUGUUUCCUUCUCCAAGCUCCCUUUUGCAAGUGAACGAUGGUGGCGCUUCGAGAGUAAAUGCUGCAGACCAGCAUAUGGAAGGCCUAAAAUUAAUCUCUCAUAACCUGGUUGAUGUUUAUGUUGACUGUUGAGAAUGGUUCUCAGAGCCCUUCGGAAUAGUCUGGACAGGAAAAGCAAACCUUUCACUUGUUCAACAUAGGUUCAGCUGCUAGAAAGGUAGAGGGUAUUAGUUUCUUGUUUAAUCAUUCAAUGUAGUCAGUCCGCGGAUAUUAUGUCUAAUGUAGGAUGCUUCUCAACUUGUAAUCAUUUCUAUGGUAAGCCUUUUUCUUUGCAUUAGCUAAUGUUGUUUUAGAUUAGAUAAAGUGUGAUGCACUCACAUUAGGACUUGAUCUUUUAUGUAAUUAUUGAGGUAAGGUUUUAGGCCUUCCCCUCCUGGUAAUCACAUUUGAUUAUUUUCACUGCCC